AUGGUGUUGUGUGGCGUGUGUGGUAUUAAUGAGUUCAAGUACAAGUGUCCUCGGUGUUUGGCGCAAACCUGUUCCCUGGAGUGUUCCAAGCAGCAUAAAGCGAGGGACGAUUGUUCUGGGCAAACACACGAUCCAAAGGAUUACAUAUCAAGUGAGACUUUAAAACACGCAGACGAUGAGAAACACGAACGGAACGCUUACGUGCAGAGAGACUAUAACUAUCUGACGCAGUUGAAGCGGAUGGUGCAGAUACAGAAGAUGGACGCUAGGGUGAAGAACAAGAGAGUGCUAGGGCCCGCGAGCCAUAGUGCCGGUUUGAAAAGGAGGAGAUACGGCACGGAUGAGGAUGACCACGGUGACAUGGAGUGCCAGAGGAUAAUCAGGAGAGGAGUGAACUGUCUGAUGUUGCCCAAAGGGAUGCAGCGGUCGUCGCAAAACAGAAGCAAGUGGGACAAGACAAUGGACCUGUUCGUAUGGAGCAUAGAGUGGACUUUGUGUCCCAUGCAAGCGCAGGAGGAAGACAAGCGGGUUUUCAAGCAUAUCAGCCAUCGGAUUAAAGAGACGGAUUUUUUGGUCCAGGGCAUGGGCAAGAACGUUUUCCAAAAAUGCUGUGAAUUCUACCACUUUGCUGGAAUAAGCGACCACGAAGAGGGCGAAGAUGCCUCAGAGACCAAGGAGGAACGAACAGAGAUCCUGCAAAAGAGUGGGCUCAAAUUCUACACGAAAUGGUUCCCUUACAACACUACGCAUAUAACAGAUUCCAAGAAGCUGGUAGAAUUGCCGAUCCACGAGAAAUGCAUUGGAGAGCUAUUCAGAAACAUGACGGUGAUCGAGUUCCCCACGAUAUUCAUUGCCAUGGCCGAAGACGACUUGCCAGAGGGCUACGAGGUAGUGCACGAGGAAACGCACAGGGCGGAAAACGACAAGCAUACGAACCCAUUAAACAAGUUCAUCGACGAUGUGAAGGAACCAGAGGACACUGCAAAGGACGCCCAGCCGGCAGAGGAACCCGUGCAAAAGGAAGGUCUAGACGACGCCAAGGGCGAGCGUGACAGUGAUAGUGACAGCGACAGCGACGAUUACAAUCCUGGCUUAUCUAUGGAUUUCCUCACUGCAUAA